AGAUGUGGCCACAGCAGAACUUGAGUUAGAGGAGAGAGCAAAGGCCCUGCAACAACAGCUGAGGCCAAAAAAAAAAAAAAAAACAGAGCAAGAGAAAAAGACAGAAGAAGCAAUCAGAGUUCAAACUCACAUCUCCUAGACACUUGUUAGCCACACGGGAGAAACCAUCAGGAGCAACUUAAAAGUCUUCGCUACGAGAGACCAAAACCACUUUCUUAAGCUACGUCCAUGAGAAGAGCUACAAUGAGGACACCGGUCAUCUCUGCUGCCCUUUUUCUUUUGCUGCUAGGCCUGACAUGGGCUCAGAAUCCUUUAAAGAAGCAUGCGGUUUCACCAAAAGUGACAAAGACGCAGUGCUGCGAUGAUGUGCGAGCCUUGAAGGUGCAGGUGGCCAACCUCACCAGCCUGCUGGAGGAGCUGAGCAGGAAGCAGGACGCUGAUCGGAUCUCCCUGGUGAAGCAAGUGAUGGAGCUAGAAAAACUAAACCAGCAACAGGAGGCCCGAGUAACUGAAGCUGAAAGCAAGUAUUCAGAGAUCAAUAACCGCGUGGACAUUAUGCAGUUUCAAGCCAUGCAGGGUGCCCCACAAACUACCUUAGAUGCAAUCUAUGACUGUGCAUCUCUGUACAACAGAAACUACAGAAUUUCUGGGCUUUACAAACUGCCCAAAGACGAUUUUCUGGGAACACCUGAACUGGAGGUUUACUGUGAUAUGGAGAAAAAUGGAGGUGGAUGGACAGUCAUCCAGAAACGCAGAGUGGGUCUGACCAGCUUCGACCGGGAUUGGAAGCAGUACAAGAAGGGCUUUGGUACAAUCAAUGGAGACUUCUGGCUUGGCAAUGAAAACAUCUAUCGCCUGACCCGGCAGCCCACAGUGCUCCGCAUAGAGCUGGAGGACUGGGAGGGAGCAACACGCUAUGCUCAGUAUGGUUUCUUCACGUUGAGCAACGAACUGAACAGCUACAAGCUCUUUAUUGCCAACUACACCGGAAAUGCUGGGGACUCACUUCGCUACCACAACAACACCAACUUCAGCACCAAGAACAAGGACAAUGACAAGUGCGUGGAUGACUGUGCCCAACUUCGCAAAGGUGGCUACUGGUACAACUGCUGCACGGACUCAAACCUGAAUGGUGUGUUCUAUCGCCAUGGGAUGCACACCAAAAACACGGAUGGCAUCACUUGGUACGGCUGGCAUGGACCAAACUACUCCCUCAAACGGGUGGAGAUGAAGAUCCGACCCCAAAGCUUCACUCCUUAAGUUAAAUUAACUGCUCUUGCUUACCAUAACCACAUGCAAACAUUAUGCAAUACACACUAAUUCCUUCUGCCUUUACCUGGGUAAAAACAAUCUCUAUGCCAUUUUUCUUACAGAAUGUUUCUAGAUUGAAUGUGUUAUGAGCAACGAAUGAUUGUAAAGUGCUGUUGUUUUGAUAUUUAUCUCAGAUAUUUUAUUUUCUUUAAGCUUUCCUUCCUAGAUUGUCCCACUUAUCAAUGAGCAAGAAUUUCGCUUCAUAUUUGGCUUAUGUUAAAUAAAGACACGUUCACCAGA